AUGAAAUCCUUUAUUAGGAGAAAUUUUUGUUCUCCAUCACGGUCACCACGAACCAAUCGUCAAAUGCAAUACAAGCAACAAGGCUCUCGCAAGCCACAAAUCUUGCGUCGAAUUCGCCAAACAAUUGGUAACUUAGAAGAAAUACAGACAUUCCCGGUAGCAAAGCGGCCACGAACAAGCACACCGCAUCCUACUUCACCACCACCAUCACAUCGCCACUUCGCACCAGUCAUGGCAUCAUCGCCAGUCGUACUAAAGAUACCAGCACCGCUAGUGCCAAUAAGCGUAUCACCACCACGCGGCAUCACUGCAUCGACCAUCACACUACCACCCGUUAUCCCUCGGGCACCACGUACAACCGCCAACAUCCAACCAUCAGUCACAACCAGCACAAUGACAUCAGCUCCGACAGUCCCGGCCACAGCGCCGGUAUAG